GGACGAAGUUUGGAUGAAUGUUGCACGACGAUCAUGAGGAGGAGCUGAACGAGGUUGAAGCUGAACGGGUGCGGGAGCAGGAGCCUGGGGAAAGAGGAUUCGUGCACUACAGAUUGUCGAUGGACGAGUGAGGUGACAGGGUCGGGAGUGGACAGGGUCUGGAGCGGAUCGAGAACUCGAUGAGGCGGGUUGGGAAUCCCCGGGCUCUGGCAGCUGUGGCAAGAAGUGGAGGAAAUUUGGCUCAGAGAUGCUUCUUGAGAAAUUCCUUCUCUGGUCCCGGUGGACGGGGCAGAGGAGCAGGAAUUGGUGUGCCCCGAGGGCCGAUCGGGGCUGCUGUGCCCGAGAGCGAGGAGAAAGAUGUUGCGAGCGGUGUCGGCAGAGGCCAGGGGAUUGACGGCAAUCAGCAGCAAGCCGGGGAGGUUGGGGAUGAUGGGGUUGAAUGGAGAGAUGCGGUGCAGAGACGGAUCAGUUUGAUGGAUGUGCAGAAUAGGGCAGCGGAUGGUGGACCUGCUGGCCGAGGUAGAGGGAUUGGGAUAGGUUCUGCCUCUGAGGAUCCAGUCGGAGGAAGAUCAAUCCCAUUCUCCGCACAAUCGGAUGCGUUUCCUGGAAUCGGAAGAGGGAGAGGAAUCAACGUCGUUCCUCAGCAGAGUGGAGGAAGAGGGAGGAUUGUUCCAAUUCCUGCGCUGGGAGCUGCAGGCAGAGGCCUCCCACAAUCUCCUCUCGGGAGCUCAAUCGAUUCCGAGAAGGUCUCAUCUGAGAUUCCUAGCUAUGAGGAGGAGAGCGAAGUGAGAGCCUCACCUGCCCAGGUCGAGGCAACUCCUCCAAUUUUCCGAAGAAUUUUUAGCUCACCCCUCGGGAACUCGAGCGAACCUGAGAGGGUUUCAUCUGACAUUGCUAGCUUCGCAGAGGACGACAGUGAAUUGAGAGCUUCUCCUGCCAAGGUCGAGGCAACUCCUCCAUCUGCACCAAGAAUUUUUUUCGCACCUCAGAUUUCUUUGCCUUCAGCCGGGAGGGGCCGUGGACAUGUUGAGGAAGCUGCUCCAUCCAUUAUUGGUGCUGAAAUGGAGGAGUCACAGCAGGUUGGUCGGGUCAGCAGGGAAGCAGGAAGGGGCCAACAAAAAUCCUCUAGAGCACAGAGACUACAACUAUCUACUGAAGAGGCCAGAGCUCGAGCGAUUGCAAUUUUGGAAGAAGGAAUUGAGAAGAAUGUGGCGGCAGAAGGAGAGAGGAGGAGGAAAGCAGGUAUGGAGAAGUUUGCAGAUGCCACUGAAAUAUUUGCAGACAGGUUUAAACGAGAACCAGGACAAGCACCAUCACAAACCCAGAGAACUAGGAAGGAAAGAGAAAGGCCUAAAAGACCCGGUCCCAGACGAGGGCCCAGAUCUGCUGAUGAAUUAUCUCUGUCAGAGCCUUCUGUGGAGGAACAACUUACACCUGAGCAGGAAGCAGAAUUGUUGCGACUUGAUAAUGAGAGCACUUUCAAAGAAAACCUCCAUAGGCUGUUCCUGGUACAAUUUGAACCGGAAUAUGCAAUGGAAGACUUCGGCAGAAACCCGGACAUCGAUGAACCACCUGUUCUUUCACUGGAAGAAUAUUUACAGAAGUUGAAACCUAUGUUUUUACGGAAGGAUGCCGAAUUAUCUGAGGAGCAAAAGUGGCAGGAAGCUGUACAAGCAUCCUUAGCUCACGCACCACAAUUGGAGAAGUUGGUGGAGGCAUAUGCUGGUCGUGGUCGUAUGACUGCUCGACAGCAGAUUCAGAAGAUGGAAGCGAUUAGUAAUAAGCUGCCAACAAGUGUACCUCCUGAAGUAUCAGCUUUCACGCAGCGCGCCCUUAUCACCUUACAGAACAACCCAGGAUUGACAUUUAAACAGAAGGAGCGAUUGAUGAACAAUCUCGUCUCCGGGUUCUCGUCAGGGUGAAACCCACUUGAUUAUACCACAAGGAAAGCACCGAGGAACAUUGUCCUUAAAAAUUCAUGUCCCCUGGCCUGAACUUCUAGUUCUGCCGAGCAAGCACAGAUCAUCGAGAUCAUUAAUCAGAGACCCCUUUUGGGUGGGUGAGGAAGGCCAGAUCGAUUAGGUACAAGUCCAUCUAAAUCUUCAACUUCAAAAUUGAAAGGAGCCUUGAACCAAGAAUGCUCCAAGUCCAACCUUCUUGAGCCUUGAGCUUGAGUUAGGUGCUGGUGUUCGAGCCUCAUGCUGUAGUCUCAUUCUUUAUCUCUGAUAUAUCCGUGAUAUUUUUUAGGUCCUUGAUGCAAUUAGCUGUCCGUCCAUUCGUGUGAGAUGGAUGCACUGUGUCUAAAGUUCUGUGUGGUACAAAGGUCGUGGAAACUUGUAUCAUGGCCCGGCCUUUACGAUUAUGGAUGUGUAUUUUUGAAAGCAAUCCAUUAUGGUGGAGGAACUUGGACUGGCCAGCGUGUUGAAAGCUUCUUGGACUGUACCUUACUGACC